ACCACAGCGGCGAGGAUGCAGCUCCGCCUCGUCCUGUUUCCGGCGAUCGCCGUCGGGGGAGGGAGCUCGAGAUUCCUUGCAGACACUCCAAUCCCACUGCGCGCGGGCAGGGGGAGGCUGUGCUCCGACGUGGUCGCCUUCUCGUCGUCGGAGAAGGGGUCGGAGGCGGAGCGCGAGCCGCGGGCUGAGGAGUCGCUGCGGCGGCUGGCGGAGCUGGACUCGCAGCUGGAGGGGCUCUCCGAGCCCCGGAAACGGCCUCAGGCGCCGCCCCUUCCUCCGGACCCUUACAUGGACCGAGAUGUGAUAACAGGGCGGGGAUCAGCUGACGAACUUCCUGAAUUUUCUCCAACGUAUGUAGCAUUCUCAACACUUGCACUUGUUAUCCUCACGAUAUUCACCAACGUCAUGUUCAAUCUUUACAUCAAACCUUCCGUGGACGGUGUCGAUCAGCCUGUGAGAAUUGAAAGAGUGCCUAUGGUUAAUCCAGCAGACCAGUUCAAGUAGCUUGUAGACUAGGCAGAUAAAAUUUGUUAUAGCAACAAGUGAUGUGAUAUGCUAGUAAAAUAAAUGGGUGAUGAUUCAUGUGUAUCCAAACAUAUCUUCCUUUUGUAUUUAGCACCCAUACGUUCUAAAUGAAUCAUUUUGUUGGCUCUGAGAAUUCAAUGAUGUUAGGACGUUUUGCACA